GCUGACAGCUUCCCCCUCUGUCAGCAUGUGGGCAGGGGGAGAUGCUUGAAAUCCCUCCUCACGUGGAAGGAAGCUGGAGCUGAGCCCUCCCAAGUAUUUUCCCAGGCUCUAGCUGGUUCCUCUAGGUGGGGCUUUGCCAGAGGAUGGAGUCGAGUGCAGUGACUGGUGAGAGGCAUUUUGAAAUGGUUCUAAACCAGCAGGGUCUGAUGCCUUGGGAACUGGGGCUGUAGGGGGCUGUGCCAGCUGGGAAUCACUGUGCUUGCAGAGUGGGGUCUCAUGGAAGGCUCCCUCGGAGAGAGCCUGACUGCCAGCACCAGCAGGGCUGCCACAUCCCUUUUCCAUGGUGGAGCAGAGGGUGUGCUGGGACAGAAAGGCUGCAUGGAUGGCCAUGGCACUGAAGGGACUCGUGCUCCCUGAGGGAUGCACACCGGCCUUGGGAUUCGGUGCAAUUGGCAGGGAUGAACUGAAAUCAGAGAAGGAGGUCACCUUCUAUGAAGACAAGAACUUCAUGGGCCGUUACUACGAGUGCGACAGCGACUGCCCCGAUUUCCACACCUACCUGAGCCGCUGCAACUCCAUCCGCGUGGACGGAGGCACCUGGGUGGCCUACGAGAGGCCCAACUAUGCUGGGAACAUGUACGUGCUGACCCACGGCGAGUACCCCGACUACCACCACUGGAUGGGCCUCAACGACCGCCUGGGCUCCUGCAAGUACAUCCAGAUCCCAAGUGGAGGCCGAGGCCACAUCCAGGUGUUUGAGAAGGGAGAUUUUGGCGGGCAGAUGUUCGAAGCCACCGAAGACUGCCCCUCCAUCAUGGAGGAGUGGCACAUGCGUGAGGUGCACGCCUGCAGGGUGCUGGAGGGCGUCUGGGUGUUCUACGAGCAUCCCAACUACCGGGGCCGGCAGUACGUGCUGCCCAAGGGGGAGUACCGCAAGCCCGUGGAGUGGGGCGCGGCCAGCCCCGCCGUCCAGUCCUUCCGCAGCAUCUCCGAGUGAGCCAGCCCCGUGGAGGGCUGCCACACCCCCCCAAUAAAGCAACUGAGUCGCUCAGC